AUGAAGAUAAUUUCAAUACAGACAUCGAAAAACCAAAUAUUCAAGAAUCUUGAUUUUAACGAUAGCGAGGCUGUCAAAGUAAGUGCUGCAGCGGAAGCUAAAAGGAUGAAGAAUAAAAAGAACAAACAGAGGAAGCAGAAAAAGAAGAAGGGAGGGCUGUGUGAAAAAGGUGAUGAAGGCCCUGAGAGUAUACCCAAUUUCUGCCAUGAAACCUGCAGUUGCGUGCCUAUCAACAUCAUCUGCUUCAUCCUGUUCCUCAUCAUUCUCUUGGAUCAGGUCACCUUGUCCAAUGAUUGUUAG